GUGGAGCCAGAGCAUGGGUCCCUCGAGGUUGUGGAGCGGCUGAGCCCGGGCCUGGGGCCGGCGGCACGCUGGAGGCGCUGCGGCGGCACUCGCGGCAGAUCGCCGCGCGACGCGUGCGCCGGGUGCAGUUCACAGAACGGGAACGAGAUGGCGCUCGCGGAGACGGCGCAGAAAGCGGCGGGUCGGAGAUGUCGGGCGGCAGCGGCGGCGCGGCGGACCGGCGGCCGUCCACCUGCCGCGUCGAGAUGGGCAACCUGCUGGCGCCGGAGCCGCGGCCGCUCGACAAUAAGGUCAAGCGGCACAGUAUCCACGGGAUGACAGAGGAGGAGAACGUGGUGCGUCCGCACCAGGAGAUGGCGGUGCUGUCGCUGGACGAGAAGAAGUACCUCCUCGGCGUGGAGCGCGGCGACGUGGCGGGCACCCGGCGCGUGCUGCUGCGCGCCAGGGAGACACAGCACAUUAACGUGGACUGCGUCGAUCCACUGGGAAGAUCGGCGCUGCUGAUGGCCAUCGACAACGAGAACCUGGAGAUGGUGGAGCUGCUGCUGGAGUUCGGCGUGGAGACGCGCGACGCGCUGCUGCACGCCAUCUCCGAGGAGUUCGUCGAGGCCGUCGAGGCGCUGCUCGACCACGAGGAGCGCACCACCAAGCCGGGGGAACUGCAUAGCUGGGAAGCGCUGCCCCCGGAGACGGCGACGUUCACGCCGGACAUCACGCCGCUCAUCCUGGCGGCGCACCGCGACAGCUACGAGAUCAUCAAGUUGCUGCUGGACCGCGGCGCCGCGCUGCCCGUGCCGCACGACGUGCGCUGCGGCUGCGACGAGUGCGUGCGCUCGCGGCGCGAAGACUCGCUACGUCACUCCCGGUCCCGCAUCAACGCGUACCGCGCGCUCGCCUCGCCGAGCCUCAUAGCGCUGUCGUCCAAGGAUCCCAUACUUACGGCGUUCGAGCUGUCGUGGGAGCUACGGCGGUUGUCGGCGCUCGAGCACGAGUUCAAGACUGAAUAUCAGGAGCUGCGCGCGCAGUGCCAGGAGUUCGCGACCGCCCUGCUGGACCACACGCGCACGUCGCACGAGCUGCAGGUGCUGCUCAACCACGAGACGGGCGCCGCCACGCCGCCGCUCGCCGAGCCCGGCGCGCCCGAGCGCAUGCGCCUCUCGCGCCUCAAGCUGGCCAUCAAACUGCGCCAGAAGAAGUUCGUAGCUCACCCGAACGUGCAGCAGCUGCUGGCCUCGAUCUGGUACGAGAGCGUGCCCGGCUUCCGGCGCAAGAACAUGGUGCUGCAGGCGUUCGAGAUGGCGCGCAUCGGCGCCAUGUUCCCGCUGCACGCGCUCGCGUACGUGGCCGCGCCGCACUCGGCGCCCGGCCGCACGCUGCGCAAGCCCUUCAUCAAGUUCCUGUGCCACUCCGCCAGCUACUUCAUGUUCCUCUUUUUACUAAUCCUGGCGUCUCAGCGCAUCGAAACAGCAACGAUGGGGAUAGGGUGGGAGCGAAGCAAUCAAGGCCAGCCGCCAGUGUCCCGCAGGGGGGCGCCGCCGUCGCUCGUGGAGUGGCUUAUCCUCGCCUGGGUCAGCGGCUUGAUCUGGAGCGAGGUGAAGCAGCUGUGGGACAUGGGGCUGCGCGAGUACGUGCACGACAUGUGGAACGUCAUCGACUUCGUCACCAACUCGCUGUACGUCGCCACCGUCGCGCUUAGGAUCGUCUCGCACUUUCAGGUGCGUCGAGAGAUGGCGCAGGGUCUGCAGUGGAACCAGCCCCGCGAGAAGUGGGACGCGUGGGACCCCAUGCUGCUCUCCGAGGGCCUGUUCUCCGCCGCCAACAUCUUCAGCAGCCUCAAGCUGGUGUACAUCUUCAGCGUCAACCCGCACCUGGGCCCGCUGCAGGUCUCGCUGAGCCGCAUGGUGCUGGAUAUCCUCAAGUUCUUCGUGCUUGAUAUACUUGUCAUCUUUGCUUUCUCGUGCGGUCUGAACCAGCUGUUGUGGUACUACGCGGACAUGGAGAAGAAGCGCUGUGUGACCACUCCGAGCAGCGCCAACGGCACCAUCCCGGAUCCUGAUGCCUGCAUCGUGUGGCGGCGGUUUGCCAAUUUGUUCGAAACGAUGCAGACUCUGUUCUGGGCGGCGUUCGGUCUCGUGGACCUGGACUCGUUCGAGCUGGACGGCAUCAAGAUCUUCACGCGCUUCUGGGGCAUGCUGAUGUUCGGCACGUACGCCGUCAUCAACGUCAUCGUGCUGCUCAACUUGCUUAUUGCUAUGAUGAAUCACUCGUACCAGCUCAUCUCCGAGCGCGCGGACGUGGAGUGGAAGUUCGCGCGCAGCAAGCUGUGGAUCAGCUACUUCGAGGAGGGCGGCACGGUGCCGCCGCCCUUCAACGUGAUGCCGUCGCCCAAGUCGCUGCUGUACGCGUGGCGCUGGCUGCAGCGCCGCAUGUGCGGGCACGCGCGCGCCAAGCGCGAGCACAUGCGGACCAUCAGGAGAAAAGCAAAGCAAGCCAACGAACGCGAUUUCCGUUACCAGGCGAUAAUGCGUAACCUGGUGCGUCGCUACGUGACCGUGCAGCAGCGGCGCGCCGAGUGCGGCGGCGUCACCGAGGACGACGUCAACGAGAUCAAGCAGGACGUGUCCGCGUUCCGCUGCGAGCUCGUCGAGAUCCUGCGCAACUCCGGCAUGAACACGUCCACCGCCAAUGCGGGUGCGCCCGGCGGCGGCGGCGGCAAGAAGAACCGGCAGAAGGAGCGGCGGCUGAUGAAGGGGUUCAACAUCACGGCGCCGGGCGGGUCGCUGGCGCCCGUGGACGAGUUCCUGGCGUCGCUGCACCACGAGCACGGGCCGCACUCGCAGCUGUCGCAGCUGCUGGGCGGGCGGCCGCUGCUGCGCGCCAGCCAGUCCAGCCUGAGCGACGCGCCGGCGCCGGCGCCCGGGCGCCGCAAGCCGCACAAGCGCCGCUGGGGCACCAUCAUCCAGGCCGCCCGCGCCGCCAGCGUCUCGCGCCUCAUCGGCCGCUCCCGCUCCGAGGACUCCGUCUGCGACCACAACCGACACUCGCCCAGUGGCAGCGAGCGAUCGGAGUCGGGCAGCGACUCGCAGCGCAGCGAGCGGCGCGCGGGCGGCCCGCUGCACCCGCUCACCGCCCUGGCCGCGCUCAAGCGGAAACGGAAGAAGUUCUCCGACUCGCGGCGGCAAGCGGAGGGUCACCGUCAGGAUCGCCCGGCGGCGGAGGCGCUGCAGCGCGCGAGCUCGGUGCCGGCGCGCGCGCCGCCCACGCCGCCGCCGCCGCGCGCGCCGCCGCCGCCCGCCGCCGCCGCGCCCAACACGCCCGGCCGCGGCGGCUCCAGGGAGCCGCUGCUCGCCAGCCUCGACGACGACGCCAAUAAGCAGGAGCAGCAGUGCGGCUGCGCCGAGCAAGCGGGCCGCACGCCGCGGCCGAGCGGCGGCGGCGGCGGCGCGCCGUGCGGCCGCUGUGCCGCGCUCGCCAAACUGGCCGGCGUCACGCCGCUGCACGGACACGCGCCGCACCACUCCGCCGGCUGGCUCUAACGACACAUAGUCCAGGAGUCGGAUCCGGCCCGGGCCAAAGAACAUAUAAACGAU